AUGUCCAAUUGCAUCAUGAAAAACCUUCUCCAACAGGACGAUGAGCCGGAAGCGCUGGGCGCGCUGGCUCGACUUUGCUGUUGGAUCGUGGGAAAGAAGCUAAAUGCCCUGCUCGACGGAGAACCUGCUCCGAUGGAGAUCGACAUGCUGCGCAAGGGUGGCAGGGGCAAAGGCAAAGAUAAGAGUAAGGAUCAGGGAAGCAAGGCAGAGGCAAAGGUAAGGUCUCCACGGUCCAUUGCACAGCGCCUCGCAGGUUCUGAGCAUGCCUUCCCAGACCCUGAUGGAGUUGCUUGCGACAUCAAUGGAUGCACGGUUGGUUCGUUCCAUCAACGCAGGAUGUUGAGCAGCAUGUUCUCCCACGAGCCGUACCAAGCUUGGUGCGAGACGUGUGUGCAGUUCUGUGCCCGCCAAAACCAACAUGCGUCUGAGGCAGCCUAUGACCCAGAGUCAAGGUCUGUAGUGAGCUUCGACUUUGGAUACUGCUCUUGCUUGAAGGGUGACAGGGCAAGAGAGGACAAGGACCGUUUGACGGUGCUUUUACUUCAUGAUCGCCAUGCCAAGACCGUCUAUGCAGUGCCUACUGCUCAGAAGGGAGGCCCUGGCAGAGCAGGUUGUCGGUUGGGUGAGCAUGCCGCUGUCUUCAUCCAUGACCUUGAAAAGGUCCUGGGCACCAUCAAGCCCGAUGGCAAGGCAUCGGCGCGAUGGUCGCUGGGUCUGAUGUGCUCACUCCUCCUGGAUGGGCUGUCCAUGAGCCUCCCCGCGGGGACGCCAGCGCCGCUUGAGGCCGCGCCUGUGCACGUAGAGGAUCUUGGCUUGAGCGAGAAUCCGCAACCACUUAAGGCAGCAAGGGGAGAUGGACCAGGCCUGCAUGAGCAUGCGGAUGCCACUUCGGCGACCUCUCCUGAGCCCGAAGGACAACUCUCUCUCCUGAGUGCCGAGGGCAUUCAACUUUGUCAGGAACCAUCCAGCGAUGUGAUCAUCCUUUCUGGUGAAGAGACCCCUUGUGUUGCACAUGUGAUGCAAGUGAGUUAUGAGCACGAGGAUGAGAGUCCAGCCCUUGCGUUUGAUGGCGAUACCCUUGAGAGUCUUGAGGACUAUGAUGAAGGUUUCCUUGAGGAUCAGCCUGUUGAGGCUGAGUUGCUCUCAGAGCUUUGCCUUCCUCGUACGUCCGAUCUUGAGCCUGACCUUCCAAGCAAGCGGUUGCAAGCACUUGAUGAGUUGGCUGACAGCGUGGAGAUCGAACGCUUGAAGGGCAUGUCCGUGUUGAUGCCCGAGGAGGCCAUCUACAACAAGGAGCAUGAGGGUCAGGAGGCCACCAAACUCACAACGCGCAUGGUGCGCAGCUGGCGAGAGAAGGAGGUCAACUCGAAGCCUGUGUGGUACAGGAGAAGCAGAUACGUUGCACGGGAGUAUGCUUGGCUCAGUGUCCGUCACGAUCUGUUCUCCCCAGCUAGCACAGCUGUUUCCAACAGGUUGUUGCCCAUCCACUUCUUGUGCCAUGAGCCAGAUCCCGAUGAUCCGUGGAUCAUGGUUGCGAUAGAUAUAGGAGACGCCUAUCUCAGUGUGCCCCAAACCCGUCUGGUGGUUGUCACCCAUGCUGGGGUCAACUACGUGCUUGGCCGUGUGUUGCCAGGACAGCGCGAUGGGUCCAAAGAGUGGUACCUUGCGUUCUCAUCGUUCCUUGGAGAAACGUUGGGGUUUGAAAAGUGUGCUGCUUUGCCUUCGCUGAUUCGUGAACCUGUGAGCAAGUUCAGCAUGCAGAUGCACGUUGAUGAUCUUCUGGGUGCAGGGAGUAAGAAGUUCUUGGUGGAAAAGCUUGAGCCUGCCCUUAAGUCUAAGUACCGAGUGACCCUUCACAUCCUUGAGCAUCCAGGGGACUGCAUCUCUUUCUUGAAGCGCAAGCACACCUUGAUGUCAGAUGGCAGGAUGCUUCUGACCCCUUCGUCGAAACACUUUGAGAAACUGUUUGCGUUGUUGAAGGUGGAUGAGCGAAGCGCACCCAAGAAGACGCCCUAUGCGUCGGUACUCGAUGAGGCUGACACCAGCGAGCCGCUGGGGCCUGCCGAGGCCAAGGCGUUCCGUUGCGCCAUAGGUGUGUUGCUGUAUCUGGCGGUUGACCUUGUUGAGUGCCAAGGGGCGAUCCGGGCCCUAAGCAGCUUCAUGACCACGCCUACCCGCAAUGCCUUGAUUGCCCUCCGACACCUGGUCAAGUACCUCCUUACUGGCCAGCACCAUGGGCUGAUGCUUGACCGGAAGAAUCGGCACUCAGGCCUAUCAGGAGAGGUACAUUGUACCGACUCAACCAUGAGCGUGGAGUCGUACAGUGACUCAGACUGGGCAUCGCACAAGGGUCAUCGCCGCUCCACCUCUUCCUCCAUGGUGUUUGUUGCGGGAUGUCUCCUGUACUCUUCAUCACGCACACAACGCGUGAUCGCGUUAAGUUCCGGCGAAGCGGAACUGCUGUCGGCCACAAGCUCUCUAUGCGACGCCCUCUUCAUCAGACAACUGGUCGCUUUCUUGACAGAGUGUCCCCCGGCACCGGUGCACCACUUUGUUGACGCAAGUGCCGCAAAAUCUAUACUUGAACGCAGCGGCGUAGGCCGUGUGAGGCAUCUCUCCGUUCGAGUUUUGUGGACCCAGCAACUUGUCUCUGAAAAGAUCGUCUUGCUGCACAAGGUUUCAACGCAUCUUAAUGUAGCUGACCUUAACACCAAGUCCUUGUCCAAGCAGCGCAUGUUCAUGCUCCUUAAUAGGAUUGGGUGUUGGGACACUGCCCUUGAAGAGCCAGUCGGUGAAGAUGUCAUUGCCGCUUGCAUUGAGCAACAGACCACACGCGAUGCAAUUCGAGCAGUGAAAGCAUCAGGCUCAGUCAACAAGCAAGUAGUCCGCGGAAUCGUCCUUGCAGUCGUGAGCGCCUUGGGUCGUGCUGCGGAUGAAGUUGAGGUUGAGGACGAGUUCAGCAGUGACUACGAGUUGCCGCUAUGGGUUACCAGAGUUCUUGUUUGGGUCCUAAGUCUUUGGGCCCCUGAUGAGCAUGGUGUGUCUAUCGCUGGACUGAUCAGCGACAAUGCUUGGAUCCCGUGUGCCUUCUGCGUGAUCAUGCUUGGACUGUACAUGUGUUGCCGUGGCAGCCAAAACGUGCCUUCCCAGCGUGUGCAAGUGUGCGUGCGUGAUCAGGGCAACGCUGGAGUAUCUUUGCAGAUCGGACAAGCUGGUGCCCCAGGAAGCGUGCAUGUCGAUGUGGGAGAGCCUGCUCCGGGAACUCCAGGAUAUCCCCGAAGCCGUUACUCUGAUGAAGGUGGAGUCCCCAUCGAUGUUGCUUUGAAACGAGGUGCCAGGUCUAAGUCAACAGCACGACCGAGCCCAAGGCAUGAUCAAGCUGAGCAGGGUGCACGAGGUAGCAAUCAAGAGCGUCAUGUUCCUCGUGAUGAUCGAUCCGAAAGUACCGAAAGUGAGACACUUCACGAGAUGCUUGGAAUGCCCAUUGCACAGGCGAGGCGUCGCACGCAUCCUCCAAACAGCGUGUUUACCUCUCAGAGUGGCCGUUGCUACCACCUGUUGAGAUGCUACAAGCUUGAUGCAUGUGAUCGUGUGAUGGCCCGUGACCGGGCAACCCUGAGUGCCGCAUAUCGCCCGUGCAAGAAAUGCAAUCCUUGA